GCGGUUGCACCGGUUUCGCAACGUACUGUAUCCAUCGCCCCUGGCGAGCACGCCAGGUAACUGCUCUCGUCAAGCAGUUAGGACGAUGGAUCUCUACCUUCUCGUGGUGUCCGGUGUCAGUACCCUCUUGUUUUGUGGAGGGGAAGCCAAAAGAAUCCGCGUGGGGUGAAUAGGGGUCGGGCCGCAGAGUUUUCCGUGGUUGACGACACCCGUCCACCCCACACAAAUCAGAGGAAAACGGGUUAUGAAAACCAUCCGACGACUGCCUACUCGACUCGUACUCGAGACCAAAGCUGGACUAGUUCUCCAGUGGUUGUGGUAUCGCCUAGGCAGGAGACAGGACACCUCUGAGCUUGAACACCCUCUGAGAUCGCGAGACGCUAACGAACUUGAAUGAAGAAAAUAUCGAAGACAGCACGCGCAACACGAGACGAACAAAUGGAAACAUAUGAGAUAGCGUUACGCGACGAGGGGGAAUACAACUGGUGGCGCAGCAGGCUGAGCAAGCCGUUUGGGAGGUCCAUGGAAUACUCUGCGUCGGAACCUCGUUAAAGCAAAGCUACGGGCAACUCCGACCAGGACAUCCUGUGGCCUCUUCCAAGCGGGGUGCACAGUCUGGCGACGACCCUCGACGAACUCGUUAAGGCACAGCCACGGGUGCUCGAGAGGGCUGCAAAAUCAGGGACACAAGCUUGGUUAGUGAAGGACAGCCGGGGUAUCCUGCAAGGUCAAUGAGGAUAUUCCUGGCGGCCUUUGCGAGACACGGUCGGCCGGCAGAGAGAGAUCUCGGCUGGUAACGCGAAGCAGGGAGACUUCUCCUUGUGGGGCGUGGCACAUAAUGGCAGUGACGGACGAGUCGAGAGGACCCGACGAGACUGUCUAUGUGGCCCGAGAGGACGGACGCGCGUGUCGGUGUGCAAAUAGACAGAAACAGCCACCUCACUCGCACUGAGGACCUGAAAUUAACCAGCCAAAGUGGUGUCGUCCUAGUGGGGCAGGUCCGACCUGUCUUACUAUCUCACUCGCACUGAGAACCUGCGGCUGGGCGAUGGAUGUGAUGUUGCUCUAGCUGAAAUGCUGAUGAUGCAUGCUUAAGGAGCAAACCUGGAGACACCUGGGGUGAGAGGUUUUUGCCGGGGCCUCAAUAACUGGAGGGCGUCCAUCGAAAGAUGCGCGUGCCGAAAGCCAGGGCAGUGGCCUGAACAAGCGGGCCUGGUGAAGCUGCUUUACAUCAGUUCCAAGAACUCGUUAAGGCUUUGCCACGGGCGAUCUUGGCUGUGUAGUCAUGUCUCUUGGCCCACCCGCUCCGCAGGAGCACAGCCUGCAUAAAGAAGUUCAGGAGAUACCACCGUUCGCCGCUGUACCAGGUAGUGGACGCGCUGAAAAACAUUGAGAUGGAAACUCUGGAAACCAUCAAUCCGUUCGUGUUAGCACCGUGGGAGACUCGCAUACAGAGCGAUGUUGAAGGAAUGCCGCACUCGCACACCGUACCGGGCGGAUCAUUGAACAAGAUUAGAGCAAAACCCAUUCUCCGCGGAGCUAGCAGCACUGGCACACACAUUGAACAUGCUAGUGGGACUGAAAGACUACAGGAUCACGCUGCUCACGAGUAACAAAGCAGCGGCUCUCACGAUGAGGAAUCCUCGGCAACAGUCGGGCCAGGAAUUCGUCUGCCAAUCGUACAAGCUGAUGAAAAGGCUGCGGAGAAACGGAAACCACGUCAAUAUCCUCUGGGUCCCUACCAGCGCGGACAAUAAACUGCUAGGUCUAGCCAAAGAGCAAGCCAGGACCGCGACCCAGAAGGAUGCCGCCCUACAAAAAUCUGGCCCCAGGAUGAAGUCGACAACACUAAAGAUCGCUCGGUCUCAAGCAGCUCCCAGCAAUGACUUACCGGGGAACGUAGGAAGACACGUGAAACGAGUAGAUGCAGCACUGCCAGGGAAACACACUCGACAGCUGUAUGAUCGAUUAUCGUGGAAAGAAGCGAGCGUGCUGGCCCAACUCCGGACUGGCAUGGCCAGACUCAAUAGCUAUCUCUGUCGGAUCAACGUUGCAGACUCGGACCAGUGUGCAUGUGGACAAGCAAGAGAGACCGUGGAACACUUCCUCUUCCGAUGUCGGAAAUGGACCACACAACGAAUAGCAUUGCUGCAGACUAGUCAAACUCACCGGGGCAAUCUCUCCUUCUUCCUGGGCGGGAAAUCGCCCUCGGACAAUCAGCGAUGGAUGCCGAACUUAGAAGCGGUGCGAGCCUCAAUACGAUUCGCGAUCGCCACGGGCCGACUCGACGCCACCUAACCACGUCAACCAACACAACGACACCCUCCUCCCCCUUCACCAACCUACACCUACCACCUUGUGCCACAAAUGGUGGACGCGCUUCAACUGCCGAAGAUAGGAUGUUGAACACUUGAAGAAGCGCCUUCAAGCCAGUCUACUAACCAACUUACUAACCCACAAGGAUCCCUUUGAUAUUGACAGCUCAGAGGACAUAUACUGCAAGGAUCCAUGUAUGGGCUCGAAGGAGACACGGCAGAUGUAUAUUAGGACGUGUAUCGAUAGAUUAGUUUUAGUUGCCCUUUCGGCUCAGCCGCCGGGCGUUAAUGAAUUGUGUGUGUGUGUGUG